AUGGGUUCGAAAUCGAAUCUUCAGACAGCCUGUUUGGUGUUCUUAUUUGCAUGGGUGGCCGAAGCCAUCGCACCGGCGAAAGUUUUCAAUGUGAAGGAUUUCGGUGCAAUCGUCGGCGGCAAAACAGACAACAGCAAGGCAUUGUUGGAUGCGUGGAAGGAGGCAUGUGCAUGGGAUGGUAUGGGUAGGGUUUUGAUUCCCAAAGGGACAUUCCUUGUGGGUCCGGUUGUAUUCAAAGGGCCAUGCAAGGGUGCUAUUGUAUUUCAGGUCGCUGGGGUGGUGAAGGCGCCUGGUCUUGAGAAGUUCGAAUCGGACGGUUGGAUAGAGUUCCAAUACAUAAACGGCUUGAUGGUCACAGGAGGUGGGACAUUCGACGGUCAAGGAGCUUUAGCUUGGCCACACAAUAAAUGCCCCAAGAUGAAGAAAUGCAAGCUCUUACCAACGUCCCUACGAUUCAUGUUUGUGACGGAUGCAACGAUUCGUAGCAUAUCUUCGGUGAAUAGCAAGCUCUUCCACAUGAACAUUGUGGGGUGCAAGAACUUGAAGCUCCAUUCUAUUAACAUCUCCGCACCUGGGGACAGCCCUAACACGGACGGUAUCCACAUAGGAGACUCAAGUGGGGUGACGAUCUCCCAUUCAGUAAUAGGCACCGGCGACGAUUGCAUCUCUAUUGGCCCUGGCACCUCCAAUAUCUCCAUAUCCAACAUCUUAUGUGGGCCAGGACAUGGUAUCAGCAUUGGUAGCCUUGGAAAGUACCCGAACGAAGGAAAUGUGGUGGGCGUGAACGUGAGGAACUGCACCAUCACAGGGACCACCAACGGCCUAAGGAUCAAGACAUGGCAAGACUCUUCUAUCUUGUCUGCAUCCGAUUUCACAUUCAAGGAUAUAGUCAUGAACAAUGUCUAUAAUCCAAUCAUCAUAGAUCAAGAGUAUUGCCCAUAUGCAUCCUGCACCCAACAGACUCCUUCGCGUGUUAAGAUUAGCGACGUUAGCUUCAUAAACAUUCGUGGCAGCUCGACGUCUCAAGUUGCGGUCAAUCUUUUAUGCAGCAAAGGCGUGCCAUGUCAGAAUGUGCGGCUCAACAACAUCAACCUGGUCUACAGUGGAUUGGGGGGACCUGCCACAUCCUCAUGUUCUAACAUCAAGGGAACUUCCUCUGGCUCACAAAGCCCUCCCUCUUGCCUCUGA